UGAUUGGCGGGAGCGGGGCGGAGGCGGGCCCCGGCGGCGGGCCUCGGGCGGCGGUGGCGCAGCAGCGGCGGCAUUGGCGGAGCGCGUGUGCGGGCCCGGGAGCGGCGGCAGCGGCCGGAGCCCGGGGAGGCGGCGGCGGAGCUCGGAGGCGGCCCCGGCGCAGACACAGGAUGCCCAAGGACUUCAUGAGAUAAAGUGCGGCAAGGAGUCCGAGGCCCUCUCAUCUCGUAUUUUCCCCCAAACCAGGAUUUUUCAUUCCCAUGGUGUGUCUGGAUGGAGGAAGAAAAGCCCUGGAGAUUCCGCACGAGGAGGGGCUGCAAACCCAGCCCAGGGAGCUGCGGGGAGGAAAGAGCCCCCCUGAGCCAGGAAGGCGGCCAGAGAUCCAGGCAGAGCUCAGAGCUGGUGGAGAAGCCUCACGGCAGGGAGAAGCCCCACGAGUGCUUGGAAUGUGGGAAGGGUUUCAGCCGGCACUUUGACCUGAUCCAGCACCAGGUGAUCCACACUGGGGAACGGCCCUACGAGUGUGAGGAGUGUGGGAAGAGCUUCAGCCACAGCUCCAGCCUGAUCCGGCACCAGCGGUUCCACACUGGGGAACGGCCCUUUGAGUGUGGGAAAUGUGGGAAGAGCUUCAGCCAGAGCUCCAGUCUGACUCAACACCGGAGGAUCCACACUGGGGAAAAGCCCUUUGAGUGUGGGGAAUGUGGGAAGAGCUUCAGCUACAAGCAGAACCUGAUGCAACACCAGGUGAUCCACACCGGGGAUCGGCCUUAUGAGUGUGGGGAAUGUGGGAUGGGCUUCAACCAGAAGGCCGCGAUGCUGCAACACCAGAGGAUCCACACUGGGGAAAAGCCCUUUGAGUGUGGGGAAUGUGGGAAGAGCUUCAGGUGCAGCUCUGGCCUGAGGAAACAUGAGAGGAUCCACACUGGGGAAAAGCCCUGUGAGUGUGGGGUGUGUGGGAAGAGCUUCAGCUUGAAGUGCCAGCUGACGGAACACCAGAAGAUCCACUCUAGGGAAAAGCCCUACAAGUGUGGGGAGUGUGGGAAGAGCUUCACAGGAAGCACGGCCCUGAUUCGGCACCAGGUGAUCCACACAGGGGAACGGCCCUACACCUGCUUGGAAUGUGGGAAGAGCUAUGGGUGGCACUCUGACCUGAGAAAACACGAGCGCAUCCACACUGGGGAGAAACCCUACGAGUGUCCCCAGUGUGGGAAGAGGUUUCAAAGGAGCUCCGAUCUCCUCAAACAUGAGCGGAUUCACACAGAGGAGAGGCCCUUCCGCUGCCCCGACUGUGGGAAGGGCUUCAAGCACAACUCCCACCUCAUCAUCCACCAGCGCAUCCACACUGGGGAGAGGCCCUACGAGUGUGGGGAGUGUGGGAUGAGCUUCUCCACAAGCUCAACCUUGACCAGACACCAACAGAGGCGCCACUAAGGGAAGCCCUGUGAGUGCCCUGAGUGCGGGAAGAGCUUCGUGCGCUGCUCCAGCUCCAUCCCCCAUGGGAGGAUCCACUUUGGAUGAUCCCCAGUGAUCCCCGUUGGGCAGAGCCCUGGUGACCCCUUAUGGGGGAUAAAACAGAGAGUAAACAAUGGAGCUGAUACAGGGGCCUGAUAUCUGAGGCCUGAUGGAGCAGAAACUGUGGGAGAUACAGACACAGAUAAAGGGUCCUUGGGCAAGAAGUGACCAAGAAACAUGUGAGACUUUGUGAUAAGAUGAUGUUAUCAGGUGAUGUGAUGUCAUGAACAAUGUGUAACCAAUGGGAAAUUGUUACCAAAAAUAGAGCCCUAUAUAAGCACCAUACAAGUCAAACUCCUUUUAUACACAGUAAAAUUGGCUUCUGAUCUAAA